AUGACGGGCCACGUGGCUGAGAGAGAUCGGUCACCACACAAUCUGUCAGUGAAGACCACCUUGGAGGAGGAGAUCGAGAGAGCUGAAAGUAUUCUCAGCAGGGUACCAUCUGUGUGUGAUGACACAUCCUCAGAGCUACAAAGAGUCGCUGCUCUCGACCCUCAUGGACACAAUUCCAGAAAUUCUUUUCAAAGGAACGGUGCCAUGUCAAGACUGGUAAGCCUGGUGGUGAGACUGAGGGAAUGGGCACACAGAAGCCUACUGGAGGAGGAGGAGAGGCCAGACUCCUUCCUGGAGCGCUUUCGUGGCCCUGAGCUAAGAACGGCCCCCAGCCGCAUCAGCAACACGCAACCAGAUGCCAAUGGCAACAAUGCCAAGGGGAUCUUCAGGAAAAAGUGGGAUUUGUUUGUGGUGUCCCCAUCCGAUAACGCCUACUACCGCUGGUUAUUUGUCAUCGCCACAGCGGUGCUCUACAACUGGUUCCUUGUCGUAGCAAGGGCAUGCUUUGACAAGUUACAGGUGGGCAAUUACAUCUGCUGGCUUGUGUUGGACUACCUCUCUGACUGUGUGUACAUAAUGGACACUUGCGUCCGACUUCGCACAGGGUUCCUGGAACAAGGUUUGCUGGUGAAGGACCAUGCCAAGCUUAGAGACAGCUACGUCCGAACGUUGCAGUUCAAGCUGGAUGUAGUGUCCAUCCUGCCCACUGACCUGGCUUAUAUCUCCACCGGCAUCCACACACCCCAGCUCAGGUUUAACCGUCUGCUUCGCUUCCCACGCAUGUUUGAAUUUUUUGACCGCACUGAGACACGCACCAACUACCCCAACAUCUUCCGUAUCGGCAACUUGGUGCUUUACAUCCUGGUCAUCAUUCACUGGAACGCCUGCAUCUACUAUGCUAUAUCCAAUUCUCUGGGAUUUGGCUCAGACACCUGGGUGUUCCCAAACAUCUCCAAACCUGAGUAUUCCUCGCUGACUCGGAGUUACGUCUACUGUCUUUACUGGUCGACUCUUACUCUCACCACUAUUGGGGAGAUGCCUGCACCCGUGCGAGAUGAAGAGUACCUAUUUGUGGUCUUUGACUUUCUUGUUGGGGUGCUGAUCUUUGCCACAAUUGUGGGAAACGUUGGUUCCAUGAUUGCCAACAUGAAUGCUACCCGUGCUGAGUUUCAAGCCCGGAUCGAUGCCAUUAAACACUACAUGCACUUCCGCAAAGUCAGCAAAGAACUAGAGACACGUGUCAUUAAAUGGUUCGACUACCUCUGGACCAACAAGAAAGCUGUAGAUGAGAAGGAGGUGCUAAAGAAUUUGCCAAACAAACUGCGGGCUGAGAUUGCUAUCAAUGUACACCUAGAGACCCUGAAGAAAGUACGUAUUUUUCAGGACUGUGAGGCAGGCCUGCUGGUGGAGCUUGUGCUCAAACUACGCCCACAGGUCUUCAGUCCAGGGGACUACAUCUGCAGAAAAGGGGACAUUGGAAAGGAGAUGUAUAUCAUUAAAGAGGGGAAGCUGGCUGUAGUGGCUGAUGACGGGGUCACACAAUACGCUCUCCUCACCGCUGGCAGCUGCUUCGGGGAAAUCAGCAUCCUCAACAUAAAAGGUAGUAAAAUGGGAAAUCGGCGAACAGCCAACAUUCGCAGCCUGGGUUACUCUGAUCUCUUCUGCCUCUCUAAGGACGACUUGAUGGAGGCAGUAACAGAGUAUCCAGAUGCUAAGACUGUGCUAGAGGAGAGGGGCCGGGAGAUCCUGAUGAAGGAGGGUCUGCUGGAUGAGAACGCAGAAAGCGGCGGGCUGCAGAAAGAGGACACAGAGGAGAAGGUGGAGAGACUGGAGUCCUCUCUGGACACUCUUCAGACUCGCUUUGCCCGUCUGCUCAGUGAAUACAAACACACUCAGCUACGGCUGAAGCAGCGUAUAACUCUGCUGGAGAGGCAGCUGAAUCAAACAGACUGCGGUGCAGAUGCAAGUGAUGACAUGGGUGCAGAUGCAGAGACAGUCAAUGAAAUAAACCCUGGGCCUGUUGCCCAUACAGAUGGGUCUCCACAUAGAAAUAAUGUGCAAAUGGAGGACAAAAAGAGCCCAACAAAACACUGA